GUCCAGUCCCGCUGGCGCUUAAGGUAACUCGGCUCAGAGUCGCCGCAACCGCACACAUUCUCAUCCUGCAGCAUUCCACGCAUUGCAGCCACGGUCUGUUCGCAGAGCAGCUGCCACAGCCAGUGACAUCAUACCUCUAAGCCACCAGGUCAAAGACGUGCGGCAGCCGCUUUUGGUCUGCAACUGGCAAAGUCCCCGCCUCCAACAAUCUUCGUCGCCGACACACCCGCCCAUCCGACAUGGCUCAGAAAGCCCGCAAGGACAGGGCCAAAGCGAACGCAGCAGCCCUGAACAACCUGCACAUCGGCACUCUCGCGGUCAACGUCGUCUUCAUCCUGUUCCACUUUCUGCUGAGGAGGCGCUCUCUACUUGCCUAUGGCAUCCUUUCCGUGCCCAGCUUCAUCUGCGAGUACAUCCUGGAGACGACAGGCCGGCCCAAGUAUGAUCCCGAGACGAAACAGCUCAGGACCGCUGGCGAGGACCUAGCUGCUGCCGGCCUGACAGAGUACAUGUUCGACAUUAUCUGGGUCACUUGGGCUUCCACCGUGCUCGUCAUCUUCUUUGGCAACUGGGGCUGGCUUCUAUGGGCGGUCGUUCCUGUCUACGGUACUACUAAAGGCUACAGCCUUCUUGGCGCAGCACGUGGAAUGGCCGGCAUGCAACAACAGGCGGGUGAUGCUGCUGCGGCACCACCAGUGGGGAACAGGCGGCAGAGACGCGCCGCCUAGUCUAUCUGAUUUGAAAGCCUUCUUUCAAGUCUGUGCAACGC